AUGAAACGACGCAGGGGCAACGGCGCUGAUGAUGUUGUUGCGGCAACUGCCGGUGUGGACAACUGGAAAACGUGGGCAGGUAGAGGACAUGGAUCAGAUGAUUUUGAAGUCUUGGAUUUGUUUCGUGGAAUGCGACGAAGCAUUCGGAACCGGUUUAUCAUCGGGCCACCUCCAAAAGGAACCCAAUGUCCUGUUUGCUUCUGCGAGCCUGAUGAAUGGCAUAUUACCAGCAGUUGUGGGCAUGCAGUUUGCUUUGAUUGUUUCAAAGCGUAUGCAUCCAGUCAAGUUCGAGACAAGGAUCAAAGUGGGCCACUGCGAUGCCCUGUUUGCCCUCAAGUCCUAAGGAAGUCUGAUGCCAUUGCUGCACUGAAGGAUGAUAAAUUAUUAUUGAAGGAGUGGGAUCGGAAGAUACGAAAUCAGCUGCUACGAGCUCUGCCAGCAUAUCGUUCAUGUCCAAAGUGUAGCGACGAUCCAACCAGCAAUUCAACAGGUGGGGGCUUUGUAACGUCAGAGUGCUUGGCUCCGCAAUACACAAGUCGACGUCAGGAGGCAUUGCGUCGGAAAGUCAAGGUUUCUGCUGCGGGAAGAGCUGCAAUAUUCCUGUGGUGCAGCUUUUUGUUGCGUCAUAUUGCUGUUGAUCCUUCGAGAUCUCCGGUUGUGGAUAUAUUCUUCAUGCUAGCAACGGUAUUCAUCUACAUUGUCAGACCGAAUUCUGUGCUGAGGUCUUGCGAUCACGUUGCCGCAACAUGGGCUAGAGAUGCAUUGUUCAAGCCAAUUUCCGUUGAAUGCCCGUGCUGCUCCCUUGAGUUUGUCCUCCCAGCUACUUCCACAAUACAAGAUCAGGAAACCAAAGAAUGGCUCAAGAGCAACAGUCGACUUUGCCCAAGCUGUUCAGCACCGAUCACCAAGAAUGGUGGCUGCAAUCAUAUGCAGUGUUUCCAUUGCAAAUGCAAAUUCUGCUGGGCUUGUAUGAGACUACGCUCGAAUUGCAAAGCAUACGAAUGUGUCAAUGGUGGAGUAAAUGCAUCUCCUUUCCAGCGUGAUGUCGAACAACGAACACAAGACUCCCUUGUAGGUUGGAUUGAUCGCACUCUGGAAUCGGAAGCUGGGAGGACCAGACCACGGGAGUUGAUUCUGUAUCAUUUCUUACUCUUUUUCAUGAGAGACUCUGCUCCCGUUGCUCUUGUAGUGGAUUGGAUCAUGAGUCUGGUCACGUCACUACUGAGUACUGAAUUUUUUAUGCUUUUAGUCCUCAUCUUUACACUGUAUGUCGGUUUCCCAAGGAGAAGAAUGCCUCAACAAGCCUUUGAUCUACAACAGCAGGGAGGCAUGAGAAACCGAAUUCAAGUUGUUGCAGACGAAGCAAUGCUAGCAGAAGCCAUUCGACGAUCGAUGAUUGAAACAUAG